AUGAAAGCGGCCGAUCUCUUUCAAGCAACACGUUUGGACUUGAUGGCGAACGGUACAGCAGAAGCACGCGUCGACUUUCAUCACAGGACAAAUCCACUUUUCAGGUACAAGUUCCUUCUGCAGUUUUUUCCCAACGGUAAAGACGAAACGGUGAAGGAGUACUGCUCAAUGUUCCUGCAUAUACUUGAUUGUCCGUCCCAGUCGAUCACCCUCAAAGUGAACUUGGAAAUACAGACCCUGGACGAUCUGCAGAGUUUCGACUUCAGCAACAACAACGUAACGAUUAGACGGCGUGGAAUUAUCACAGUGUCGAGGUUGGUUCGUCGUGACCAACUGAUCAGUCUACGGCACCAGUUCUUACCAAACGAUCGACUGACAAUCGUGUGCAUUCUGGACGUGUAUGAAGACAUGAAGUCAAUAAGCGAAGAAGCAGCAGCUGUUAAUCUGGGUAGGAGAAGUUCUGUACUUCCAUAUGUUUUGAGUAGGUGUGCGUGGCAAAUGAACAGCAUCAUCUCAGUUUUAACCGUCCGUUGCAAAAUCCACAGUUGAUU